AUGGCAAGGUGCGUUUGGGCACUUGAGGAUGAUCACAUCCUAGAAGCAGUCUGCCUCUCUGACGAAGGGGACGCCAAAGCCUGGCUGUCAGAGAUCUUCAGAAGACUAAAACACUCGGAUGCUGUUAGAGUGGCUGUUGUUUUGUGGGCGAUCUGGUACUCUCGGCGCAAGGCUAUUCAUGAACGAGAGUUUCAGAGCCCUCUUUCUACUCACAGUUUUGUCGAGAGGUUCCUCGCUGAUCUCGGAGAGGAAAAACCAAAAGAAAAGGGAAAGAAGUCGGUGAUCCGGCGUACAGGUACUUGGCUACCUCCUCCGGAUGGAAUGAUAAAAAUCAAUGUCGAUGCAGCGAUCUCCAAGAAUGAAUGUACAGCCUCAGUUGCUGCAAUUGCUCGUGAUGCUUCUGGAUGUUUUUUGGGAGCAUCAGCCUUGAUUAGUAAGGGGAUCACGGAUCCAGAGGUGAUGGAAGCCGUGGCUUGCAGAGAGGGCCUUUCCCUUGCUCUUGAUCUUCAGAUUACCAGGCUCCGUUUGGCGUCCGAUAACUCAAGCGUGGUGAAGAACAUCAGGGAUGGAUCCAAAGGAGUUUAUGGUCAAGUGAUAGAGGAAGUCAGAGCCCGGAUGACUUCCUUUGAUACUGCUGAAAUUGUUCAUGUGAGAAGGGAGCACAAUGCUGAUGCUCAUAACAUAGCACGUAGCGCCGUCUAUGGUGAUGUGGGUCGUCAUGUAUGGUUCUUGAAUCCACCUUUUGGUGUUUGUAAUACCUAUACAUUUGAUAAUUAA